ACAAAACAAAAAGCACAAAGAUGGCUGACAGGAGUCGCGACUUGUGAAGGAUCCCCUGUUCGGUGUAUUUCUCGCGUGUUUCGUUUCAUCUCUAUCAUUUUAUUCGUUGCGUAGCUAAGGCAUGGUCCACCGCCGAAGAGCCCGCACCUAUUCCGUCGCGCUCUCGGCCGCGGUCGACGCGAGCGGACCAAGUUUUUGAGCGAGCCGCCGACCCGUCAAAUGUCACCCGAAGCCCAAAGCCGCCGGAGCGGAGUAUGAAAUACAACAUGGCUGCAUCGCUGACUUCACAAGAGGAACAACUCGUUAAGGACUUCAUGAAGGUGGUGAACGACCAGAGGAUAAGCCACAGCGCGGGCCUGCUGACAUGGAACGCGGCGGUCAAGUUUAUGAUGGCCCGCAAGUUUGACAUUCGACGCGCCCUGGCCCUGUACGAAGCUCACGAGAACACUCGAUAUCGAGAAGGACUGUGCACUUUUGACCCUACCACCGACCCACUCAAAGGGGAGCUGGAAACUGGGAAGUUCACAGUCUUGCCGACGCGAGACAGUUCGGGAGCGGCCAUCACCAUGUUCACGGCGAGCAAGCACUGGCCUCUGGAGAGCUCGCACCGCGUCACUCUUCAAGGGGUCGUGUACCAGCUGGACGUCGCCCUGGAAAGUCUUGAAAGUCAAAGGUGUGGGAUUGUCUUCAUCUACAACAUGACGGGAUCGAGGUACCAGAAUUUCGACUACGAACUCAGCCAGAAGAUCCUCAAUCUUCUCAAGGGAGCCUACCCCGCCAGGCUGAAGAAGGUGCUGAUUGUCAGCGCUCCCCUGUGGUUCAAGGCUCCCUUCCGCAUCCUGCGUCUCUUCGUCAGGGAGAAGCUACGGGACCGGGUGACGACGGUGAGCCUGGACCAGCUGAGCCUGCACGUGCCGUACAACGCCCUGCCCAGGGAGCUGGGCGGGAACCUGUCGCUCAACCACAAGGCCUGGCUGCUCCACUGCCUCAAAUCCAUGGCCAACAGGUACAGCGCGUCAAGCGGCGAGGCCCCGCUGCCCCUGCCAGCGCUGGUGCAGCCCCCGCUGGGGGAGGAGGACCUGACGGAGGGCGAGGAGGACGCCUCCUCGGCGGCCCUGCCCACUCCCGCCGACCUGCUCGUCGGGGUCCACGAGAAGCACAACUGCGAGGAGCGGGAGAAGGAGGUGGAGGUCAUCAAGCGCCAGGGGGACGGGCAGGCUUUGUGCACCACCAAAGCGUCCUAA